AAGUAGCCUGAGUUUGGAUGACUUCCGGACCACACAGAAGAGAGGAGAAUCGUUUGGGAUCAGCAAAAUAGGCAACAAAAUAAAAGGUGUAUUCAAGAGUUCAGCGAUGGAAGGAGCUAUGUUGCCUAACUAUAACUUAAAUGAAGGAGAAGAUGACUUUAUUGAAGAAGGUGUUAUGGUGAUGGAAGAUGAUUCUCCUGAGGAGGCUGUUAGUACCCCAAACACACCCCGCAACCUUGCAGCAUGGAAAAUUAGCAUUCCAUACGUAGAUUUUUUUGAUGAUCCCUCCGUGGAAAGAAAGGACAGAAAGGAGAGAAUUCCUGUGUUCUGCAUUGAUGUGGAGAGGAAUGAUAGAAGGGCAGUUGGGCAUGAACCUGAGCACUGGUCUGUCUACAGGAGGUAUCUUGAAUUUUAUGUGCUUGAGUCAAAGCUAACGGAAUUUCACGGUACAUUUCCUGAUGCUCAGCUUCCCUCAAAGAGAAUCAUCGGCCCCAAGAACUACGAGUUCUUAAAAUCCAAGAGAGAGGAGUUUCAGGAAUAUCUGCAGAAACUUCUGCAACAUCCAGAACUAAGUAACAGCCAACUUUUAGCUGACUUCCUGUCCUCGAAUGGAGGAGAGACUCAAUUUCUUGAUAAAAUGUUGCCUGAUGUGAAUCUCGGUAAAAUUAUAAAAUCUGUUCCAGGAAAGCUGAUGAAAGAGAAAGGUCAGCAUUUGGAGCCAUUCAUCAUGAAUUUCAUCAACUCCUGUGAAUCUCCCAAGCCUAAACCAAGCAGGCCUGAACUUACCAUUUUGAGUCCCACUUCUGAAAACAACAAGAAGCUUUUCAAUGAUUUAUUCAAGAACAACGCAAAUAGGUCUGAGAAUACAGAAAGACGACAAAAUCAGAACUACUUCAUGGAAAUGCUGACUGUAGAAGGAGUCUAUGACUACUUAAUGUAUGUUGGUCGGGUAGUUUUCCACAUUCCUGACUGGCUGCAUCACCUCUUGAUGGGAGGAAGAAUUCUCUUCAAAAACACUUUGGAACUCUACACAGAUUAUUACUUGCAUUAUAAGUUAGAACAGCUAUUUCAGGAGCAUCGUUUGGUUUCUCUGAUAACACUGCUGAGAGAUGCUGUGUUCUGUGAGAACACUGAACCUCGCUCUCUCCAGGAUAAACAGAAGCGAGCAAAGCAGACUUUUGAAGAAAUGAUGAGAUACAUUCCAGAUUUGAUAGGCAAGUGCAUUGGGGAAGAGGCUAAAUACGAAGGCAUCAGGCUUCUGUUUGAUGGAAUGCAGCAACCAGUGCUCAACAAACAGUUAACUUACGUUCUACUGGACAUUGGGAUUCAAGAACUCUUUCCAGAGCUGAGUAAGGGUCCAAAGGAAGCCAGCUCUGUGUCAGGUUGGAUGUGAAUGCAGGAACCUUGCUGGACACCCAGAAGAAACAUCUGCUGUGUGCUCUUGUAAUGGACAUGUGACAUUUUAACCUUGCAUUGUAUAUUUUCUUGUAAAUAACAUAAAAUUGAAGUUCUAAAAAAAUCUCUUUAUGCAAUAAAGGUAUUAAAUUUAAUACCAAUUACAAGUAAA